AUGCUGCACCGACUCUCCAGCUUCCGUAGCUUCCUGCACCCCGUCCCCAACCUGUCUUGCACUCGCACUUUUGCAACGGGCAGAGCCGCCAUGGCCCAGUACGGCCUCGAGACAUAUCUUGUCAGCCCCGCUCAGCUGGACACAGCGCUUAAGAGAAACAUCAGCAGCAAGCUCUCUACAGCGCCCAAGAUUGUCCCGCUGUGCGCUUCGUGGUUCCUGCCCAACGAUGGCCGCGACGGCAGGGAGACCUUUCUAGCCGAGCGCAUUCCUCGCGCGCAGUUCUUCGACCUCGAUGCCGUCAAGGACCCUGAUUCGCCGUACCCCCACAUGCUGCCCUCAGCGGAAGACUUUGCCAUUGCCAUGCGCAAGCUGGGCAUUCGAAGGCACGACAGCGUGGUCGUGUACGACAGCAAGGAGUUGGGCAUCUUCUCUGCUCCUCGAGUGGGCUGGACCCUGCAGGCGUUUGGUCAUACCGACGUACACGUCCUGAACAACUUCCGCAAGUGGGUAGAGGACGGCUACCCUACAGAGAGCGGUGAGCCUAGCGCUGCUGACGAAGUCGACUACCCUGUGCCGGAGCUCGACAGUACAAAGGUGGUAGCCUUCGAGGAGGUUCGUGAUAUCGCAAAGGAGCAAGGGCUGGAAGGUGCAGAGGAAGUGCAGAUCCUCGAUGCCCGAAGCCUAGGACGAUGGAAGGGUACUGACCCAGAGCCGCGAGAGGGCCUCUCUUCCGGACACAUCCCCCACUCGACCUCAGUCCCCGUCUCUGAGCUCCUAGACGCCGACAGCAAGACGCUCCUGCCAGCUGCCAAGCUGCAGGAAGUGUUCAAAUCCAAGAACAUUGACCCCUCAAAGCCCAUCAUCGCCAGUUGCGGCACUGGUGUUACUGCGGCAGUCAUCGAUGCAGCUCUCACCGAGGCUGGUUUCCCGCUUGAACAGCGACGAAUCUACGACGGCAGCUGGACAGAAUGGGCACAGAGGGUCAAGCCAGGCGAUCGUCUGAUCAGGAAGUCUGAGUAG